CUUAUUAUACUUCUAGUGGAUUUUGUUAAUAAGACCUGGAUUUUGAUGUGUUUCAGCAGCUAAAUUGUUGAAAGGUAACUGCGUCGAGCAAUUGAAAAUUGAUAAGGUCAAGCUAUCCACAACGCUAUCAAAGCGAACUGUGAUUUAGACGCCAAGAAACCGAGAACUUAAGCUACAAGUUGUCCUUAGUGCAAACCAGUGAUGUGUUUCAUGCGACCCACCAUCUUUGUUUUGGUGGCGUGUUAUUGUGUAAAGUCGAGCUUUGGUGAAAACUUUCAAGAUGGCGAUUACGACGAAAGACUGGUAGAAUUCCUUUUGAGUCACAGCAAAUCUCGUCGCCCUGUCCUCUCAAUCAAGGACAACGUUACAGUACAGUUUGGAAUAACUUUGAAUCAAAUCAUAGAUGUGGUUGAAAGACACCAGAUUCUAAAACUGAGUCUUUUCAUCAGGCAGGUAUGGGUAAAUCCUUUACUGCGCUGGAAUGUGAGUGAUUAUGGUGGAAUAACAGAAGUUAACAUUGAUGCGGACAAAUUAUGGACACCUGACAUUUACCUUUACAACAAUGCGGACGAUUCCAGCGAUGGCGCUCAGGAUAGGAUGAAAACUAAGAUCAAGGUGAAUCACAAUGGCACUAACACAUGGCUGGCACCCUCCAUACUCCAGAGCUCAUGUAAAAUUGACGUGCAUUACUUUCCCUUUGACGAGCAGACAUGUUCUCUCAAGUUUGGAUCGUGGACAUACGACGCAUGGCGUGUUGAUAUGAAGGCUGAAAUCGCCUUGGCCGAUACCAAAACGACACAAGUGAAUGGAGAAUGGGAUCUGGUAGGAUUCCCCUGUAAGAGGAAUGUCAUGAAAUAUGAAUGCUGCCCGGAACCAUACUCUGACGUCACCUGCACUUUAAAGCUACGGAGAAGAACCACGUACUUCUUCGUUAAUUUGAUCGUUCCUUGUUUUCUCAUCACGCUUCUGUCUCUGUUGUCCUUUUUCCUACCCUCAGAGGCUGGUGAGAGAAUCACUUUGGUGAUUACUACCUUGCUGGCUCUGACGGUGUUUAUGCUGAUCGUCGCAGAUAUAUUACCACAAACAUCUGAGGUAGUGCCAAUUAUCAGCGUUUAUUUCCUCAGUAUACUUGUAGAGGUCGGUCUCUCGCUAAUGGCCACUGUCCUAGUGUUAAAGUGCUACUUCACCAACCCUUCGUUCUCAGAAGUUCCUUUCUGGAUUCGUUUGGUAAUCAUCCAAUGGUUGGGUAAACUUCUGAAAAUCGAAGUCAAAAGAAAACGAAGGCAAAUGCGCAAAAAGGAAGAAAAAGCAGCUGAUGAAGAUAAGAAGUCUCACCGACCCCUGUCUAUAGCAGAGUCGUUGGACCCAAAUUUUAAUUUGAUUCACCAAAGGUUCGCGAGCCGGAGGAACACAGAGGCAAAUAUUAACUUGCUCGAACAUCACAAUGCGCACAAAUGUGGAACAUGUCAUGAAAUGACGGUGGACAUGCUUCAUUUGGGACACGGAGUUCACUCCAGGAAUAUCAGUACAUAUCCUUCGAGGGCUUCGGUUAGGAGGGAGUCUUUAUACGAUAAUGCUCCCAUGAAUGACAAUGAUCUCAACGCUAACGCGUCCGCAAACUCAAAUCCUAACCCGCUUAUCAGUGCCAUGCUCCAUCAGCAGGAGCACCUCGUGCACUAUGUGAAGAAACUGGUGCGAGCUGUGGAAGAACAGGACGAGUAUGAUUCUAAAAAAGAGGAGUGGAUCCUAGUUGCGGAGAUACUAGAUUCCUUCUUCCUCUACUUGUUUGUGAUUAUCAUGAUUGGAUCCACAGUAAUGAUUUUUAGCGUAGGAACGUCAGUGUAAACGUAAAUAAUGCAGUUUGCGAUUCAGGGAGGAGAACCGUGGGACGAUGCCGCUAAGAUCAUGUUGCUUAGUCUUGUAACACUUGAUAUUAUUUAAAAUUAGAGGCGGGAACCAACCAAAUGAGUCAACAGGAGGUUGAGUUAAAUUUUUCAAGCAUAGUUAAGUUUCAAAGAGAAAAAAUAGGAAUCUUGUCUAGGUUUAAAUGAUUCAAUUAUCAUUAGAAAAGACAACUGGUGGAUGGGUACCCAGGAAAGAUGAAUAAAAAAUGCUUUUAGUGGAACAUAUGUUUAUCAGUAAGAUAGUAGUCCGUGGACUUACAUUGUACAGAAGACAAAUAGCCUUGUUAUAAUCAUGAGCAAAUCAUUAACGUCAUAAAUCACAAAUAAUUUUCAAUAAUAUAGAAAACAUUUUAAUUCAAAUUUUGUAAACUUUACGGAAAGACAUCGGACUUUUUAUUAACGAGUGUUAACCAUUAUGUCGACGGGACCCAUAUCCGUUUUGAGAAGGAAGAACCAUAUGGCCCCUUGAUGAAGGACCAUAUGGCCCUUUGUUAUAGGGAACCGAAGGAAGGAGGGGGGGGGAGGGGGCGGGAGAUACAGAUAGAAUUGUCUGGCCGCCUGAAAGAACCGGACCUUUCUUUGAUAGGCUUCUUCCUUGUUAUGACAUAUAAUCUAGCCCCAUGUCGUAUUCGGUUCUGUUGCAAAGAGAGAAUAGGUGUCUCUGCCCUUUUAAAAAGAAAACCCAAGGGUCAUACCAUUAUAACACAAUAGCUACCUCACUCCCACUUAGGAAAUUCGUUCAAAAAGGUCCGCCUGGCAGUUUUAUUUAACGAAAGUCACUGCUAUGACUUAUACUUUCUGUUAUUUAUCGACAAAUGGUUUCUGGUAAAAAUUAAAAUUAAUUCAGAUAAAAGAAAGCAAGGAUGUUUGCAAUCAUUCCAUGGAAAUGGAAGAUAAAUCAUUAGCGGUCUGAAUUUAGGACUGCAGCUCAACCAAUUUUACAUGGAAUUUCGUUAUUCUUUAUAGUAAAUCGCUAGAAGCUACAUCCAUCUUUGUUUCAAUGAAGUGGUUGAAUUAAUUCUAGCUGCAUUCUCACUUAGUCUGUGCACCCUUUCAAUUCCCUUAUAAAAAUGAAUCAGAAGCGAACGGGGAGAAUUUUGAAAAGCUCAAAAGUUUCCGAGCUGUAAUAUUCGAAUACCUAGUGUUAAGGGAAAAUACUCGCUAAAUCAAAUGCAUUUACGUCUUGCAAUAGUUUGCUAGAGAAUAAUUUUUGGAAAAUGUGUUAUGAUAUGGGCUAAGCCGUAUCUAGCAGCUA